AUGUUGCUGUCGUGUUUGCUUUGCCGGAGGAGAGUUUCUAAGGGGAAUGGUAGCAGGGGGAGAAAAAGUGGAAGUUGUGUUGAAGGUGGCAAUAGACUUGGAAUAGUUGUGGAUGAUGGGAGCUAUGUGGGUACAACACCCAUGUUUAACGGUGGUUAUGGAGGUUGGGGUUGGGAUUGGACUUUUAGUAGUGUAGGAGAUUCAGGCAACGGCAAUGGCAACGGCCGAGGAGGUUGUGAUGUCGGUGGAGGUGGUGGGGAUUCUGAAGUUGGUGGUCGAGGCUGUGAUGUCGGUCGAGGUGAUGGAGUUAGGUGUGGAAAUGGAGAUGGCAACGGAGCGAGUUUUCACGAGGCAGGUGGUGGAGAUGGUGGUGUAGCGAGCUCUUUCGACGAAUGUGGUGGUGGAGGUGGGACUGUUUCUGAUCAUGGAGGUGGUGGGAGUUUUCACAUGGAUGGUGGGCAUUCUAAUUUUGGAGGUGGAGUGAGUUCUCACGGCGGAGGUGGUGGUGGAGCCAAUUAUGAUCACGGCGGAGGUGGUGGCGGAGCAAGUUAUGAUCACGGCGGAGGUGGAGGUGUUUCUGAUUAUGGAGGUGGUGGAGGGGGUUAUGAUUUUGGAGGGGGCGGAGGAUCAUCCUUUUGGUGA